CCCACCACGCAUCAUUCUUUCUCCUGAGGACCCCCUGCCACUUAAACAUGUAUCUCUCCAAGAUAAUCUCCGUCGCUGUCCUGACUGCCCUCGCCAGUGCUGCUGCAACACCUUCCAAUCUUGAAGCACGCCAGGAGAGUGCAUGCCGCCAGGCACAGUCUGGGCUCAAGCAAACAUCUCAAUAUUAUAAAUCGUUGGCCGAACAAUGGAAUGGCAGCGCACGAGAGGCCGUAAUACGGCUUAUUUCUCAGUUGGACGCUGAGACUACCAAAGUUGCAGAGACCUGCGCCAAGCUCGCCGAGGCAGAGAAGAGCGCACAUAAGUCUUACUCCGAUGCUGAAUCCGACCUAAGUGAUAGAUUCUCUUAAAGCGGUUGCAUUCAGGUGCAAGGUUAUGGGUAGCUACUAGAAGGCCCAUAGAGGAGGAUAUAGCAAGUCUAAUGUGCGAAGAGCUAGCGGCUCCUAAU